AUGUGGGUUAGAACUGUUAGGAAUGUGAUUCUUGGGGUGCAAAAAAAUUACAGUACUAAAAUUGGGGUCGUGGGGGUGCCGCUGGAAGAGGGGCAAAACAAAGUUGGUGUUGCUGAUGGACCUGCGGCGAUUCGAAAAGGUGGUUUGAUUGAGGGUAUAAAAGCCAUUCAUGAAGAAAUCGACGUCCAAGACUACGGAGACGUCUCCUACACCCCUCUCGUGGACAACAUCCACGUCCCAAACAUGAAAAAGUACGCCAACGUAGCCGCCUGCAACCAAGAAGUCUCCAAAACCGUGGAAAAAGUCCUCCGCGACCACAGAACUUGCCUAACAUUAGGCGGCGACCACUCAAUCGGUAUCGGCACCGUGGAUGGCCACAUCAAGGCCAAAAAAGAAAAUGUUUGCAUAUUAUGGGUGGACGCACACGCGGAUUUGAACACCAAUAAAACUUCGGCGUCGGGAAAUAUCCAUGGGAUGCCGUUGGCGCUUCUGGCGAAGGAAUUGGCAGAUUAUUGGCCGUAUUUACCCGGGAUGGACUGGCAGAAGCCGAUUGUGUCGAUUAGGAAUGUUGCAUAUAUUGGGUUGAGGUCGGUGGAUUCGUAUGAAAGGCUGAUUAUUGAGCAGUUCGGGAUUACGGCCUAUGGAAUGGAGGACGUGGAGAAUCACGGGGUUCAAAAUGUUGUCAAUAUGGCGCUGGAGAAGAUUGAUCCGAAUAGGACGCGCUCGAUACAUUUGAGCUUUGAUAUUGAUAGUUUAGAUGCGCUGGAAGCGCCGUCUACGGGGACUGCAGUACGAGGCGGCCUAACCCUACGAGAAGGCAUCCACUUGGUGGAACAAGUAUACAAAACGGGCCGUUUGGGCGCCAUGGACCUAGUCGAAGUAAACCCGGCCCUGGGUUCAGCAGAAGACGUCAAAAAAACAGUAGAAGCUGCCAUUCACCUACUUUUAGCAGCUUGCGGCUAUAGUCGAAGAGGUAUAACACCAAAAGACUCCGAUUAUGUACCAAUACAAACCUUUCCAAGCUAAGCUGAAACCACUUCAUAGAAUAAAUCACUAUCAUUACACUUAA